UUGAUUUUCUAUACGUGAUUCUAACUCAACUCUCUCCUUCAUAUGUACAAAUCACAAACACAGUUGAUAUCAGAAUUCAGAAAUUCAGAAUCAUCAGAUCUCAAUCUCUCAUUCUCAGAUUGUUACCUUGCAGGAAUAUGGUUUUGUUCAAGGUUUCAACCGUGAAAACCACGCCAUUCGAUGGCCAGAAACCAGGGACUUCUGGAUUGAGGAAGAAGGUGAAAAUAUUCAAGGAACCUCAUUACUUGCACAAUUUUGUUCAGGCAACAUUCAAUGCUCUAUCACCAGAAAAAGUCAGAGGUGCCACACUAGUUGUUUCAGGUGAUGGCCGCUAUUUUUCUAAGGAAGCUAUUCAGAUCAUUAUCAAGAUGUCUGCUGGAAAUGGAGUAAGAAGAGUCUGGGUUGGCCAAAAUGGAUUGCUUUCUACUCCUGCUGUUUCGGCUGUUAUACGUGAAAGAAUUGGACACGAUGGAUCCAAGGCAUCAGGGGCAUUCAUAUUGACUGCAAGUCAUAAUCCAGGUGGUCCAAAUGAGGAUUUUGGAAUUAAAUAUAACAUGGAAAAUGGUGGACCAGCACCAGAAUCUGUUACAGAUGAGAUCUUUGAGAACACAAAAACAAUACAGCAGUAUCUCAUUGCAGAAGACUUGCUAGAUGUUGAUAUAUCAACAAUUGGCAUUACGAGCUUUUCUGGACCUGAUGGGCAAUUUGAUGUUGAUGUUUUCGAUUCAGCAACUGAUUACUUGAAACUGAUGAAGUCUAUAUUUGACUUCCAGUCUAUUCGAAAGCUGCUCACUUCUCCAAAAUUUACAUUCUGUUAUGAUGCUCUUCAUGGAGUUGGUGGAGCUUAUGCUGGAAUUUUCGUAGAGGAACUUGGUGCAAAAGAAAGCUCAUUAUUGAAUUGUGUACCCAAGGAGGACUUUGGAGGAGGCCAUCCAGAUCCUAAUUUGACUUAUGCUAAGGAAUUAGUGGCAACCAUGGGUUUGGGCAAAUCUAGCUUACCAGGCGAACCACCAGAAUUCGGUGCUGCUUCUGAUGGUGAUGCUGACCGUAACAUGAUACUUGGUAAAAGGUUUUUCGUUACACCAUCAGAUUCUGUUGCUAUUAUUGCUGCAAAUGCUGUCCAAGCCAUACCAUACUUCUCUGGAGGUCUAAAGGGAGUUGCCAGGAGCAUGCCUACAUCUGCUGCCCUUGAUGUUGUUGCUAAUCAUUUGAAUUUGAAAUUCUUUGAGGUUCCUACUGGCUGGAAAUUCUUUGGCAACUUAAUGGAUGCUGGAUUAUGUUCAGUUUGUGGUGAAGAGAGUUUUGGAACUGGCUCAGAUCAUAUUCGUGAGAAAGAUGGAAUCUGGGCUGUAUUGGCUUGGUUAUCCAUUAUUGCUUACAAGAAUAAGGAUAACCUAAACGGAGAGAAGCUUGUGACAGUUGAAGAUAUUGUUCGUGAUCAUUGGACUAAGUUUGGUCGCCACUACUAUACUCGUUACGAUUACGAGAAUGUUGAUGCAGGUGCUGCAAAGGAACUCAUGGCACAUUUGGUGAAGCUACAAUCCUCCCUCGAGGAAGUUAACAAUAUUGUGAAGGGAAUUCGUUCAGACGUGUCAAAAGUUGUGGAUGCGGAUGAAUUUGAAUACAAAGAUCCUGUCGAUGGUUCCAUCUCGAAGCAUCAGGGAAUCAGAUAUCUCUUUGAAGAUGGAUCUCGUUUGGUAUUUCGUUUGUCGGGUACCGGAUCAGAGGGUGCGACAAUUCGUCUAUAUAUUGAGCAAUACGAGAAGGAUGCUUCGAAAACUGGUAGAGAAUCGCAAGAAGCACUUGCUCCUUUGGUGGAAGUUGCUUUGAAGCUUUCUAAGAUGCAGGAGUUUACUGGUCGGGAUGUUCCAACUGUCAUCACUUAAGAUUCAUACAAAAUAUAUAAAACAUGUUUUUAUGUUUCAGAAUAAUAAUACAGAGUAUUCUUCUAUUUGUAUUGGAAUUGAGCUUACAAAUUAUUAUUUUUAAUGUUUUUUUAUAUGGGAUCUCAUUUAACUA